UCCCGGGCCCCGCCCGCCGCCGCCGCCGCGUCGCCGCGCCCGGAGCUGUCCGCGCCCCCCGGUGCUGAAGCAUGUCCCGGGGCCGGGCCGCGGCGUGAGCGCGGGCAGCGGGCAGCCAGGCCAGGCCCGCAGACAUGUCGCUGCUGUGCGUGGGAGUCAAAAAAGCCAAGUUUGAUGGUGCCCAAGAGAAGUUCAACACGUACGUGACGCUGAAGGUGCAGAAUGUGAAGAGCACGAGCGUGGCCGUCCGAGGCAGCCAGCCCAGCUGGGAGCAGGACUUCAUGUUCGAGAUUAACCGGCUGGACUUGGGACUGAUGGUGGAGGUGUGGAACAAAGGCCUCAUCUGGGACACGAUGGUGGGCAUUGUGUGGAUCCCGCUGCGGACCAUCCGCCAAUCCAAUGAGGAGGGCCCAGGGGAGUGGCUGACGCUGGACUCACAGGUCAUCAUGGCUGACAGCGAGAUCUGUGGCACCAAGGGCCCCACCUUCCACCGCAUCCUUCUGGACACACGCUUUGAGCUGCCACUGGAUAUUCCUGAGGAGGAGGCACGCUACUGGGCCAAGAAGCUAGAGCAGCUGAACGCCAUGCGGGACCAGGACGAGUAUUCGUUCCAUGAUGAGCCGGACAAGCCCCUCCCCGUCCCCAGCAACCAGUGCUGCAACUGGAAUUAUUUUGGCUGGGGCGAACAGCAGAAUGACGACCCAGACAGUGCUGUGGAUGACCGUGACAGUGACUAUCGCAGCGAGACCAGCAACAGCAUCCCACCCCCCUACUACACCACGUCACAGCCCAACGCCUCGGUGCACCAGUACUCGGUGCGGCCGCCACCCCUGGGCUCCCGGGAGUCCUACAGUGACUCCAUGCACAGCUACGAGGAUUUCUCCGAGCCAAGGGCCCUCAGCCCCACAGGCAGCAGCCGCUACGCCUCGUCAGGGGAGCUGAGCCAGGGCAGCUCCCAGCUGAGUGAGGACUUCGACCCUGACGAGCAGAGCCUGCAGGGCUCCGAGCUGGACGAUGAGAGGGACCGGGACUCCUACCACUCCUGCCACAGCUCCGUGAGCUGCCACAAGGACUCACCCCACUGGGACCAAGACGAGGAGCUGGACGAGGAGCUGGAUGACUACCUGGAGGAGGAGCUGGAAGAGGAGCUGGAGGAGGAGCUGGAGGAGGAGCUGGAGGAGGAGGAGGAGCUGGAGGAGGAGGAAGAACUGGAAGAGGAGGAGGAGGAGUUGGAAGAGGAGGAGGAGGAGGAGGAGGUGCCGGAUGACAUCAGGGCUUAUGCCCAAGAGGUGACUGUGGAUGAGCCCAAGGACUUCAAGCGCGUCAGCCUUCCGCCAGCUUCCCCAGAGAAGGACAAAGCCCCGGCUGUGCCCCCUGAGACCCCCGAUGUGGCCCAGGUGGCUCCUGGGCCCCCUGUACCAGAAGAGGUGCCAGCAGCUGAGCAGCCGGACGACAAUGAGCCCCCUAAGGAUGAGGAGAGUUUCAGGCCGAGAGAGGACGAGGAAGGCCAUGAGGGUCAGGACUCCAUGUCCAGGGCCAAGGCCAACUGGCUGCGAGCCUUCAACAAGGUGCGGAUGCAGCUCCAGGAGGCCCGCGGGGAAGGAGACCUAUCUAAGUCCCUUUGGUUCAAAGGCGGGCCGGGUGGCGGGCUCAUCAUCAUCGAUAGCAUGCCAGACAUCCGCAAGCGGAAGCCCAUCCCCCUCGUCAGCGACCUGGCCAUGUCUCUGGUGCAGUCCAGGAAAGCCGGCAUCACCUCUGCCUUGGCCUCCAGCACUUUGAACAAUGAGGAACUGAAAAACCACGUUUACAAGAAGACCCUGCAAGCCUUAAUCUACCCCAUCUCCUGCACAACGCCCCACAACUUCGAGGUGUGGACCGCCACCACGCCCACCUACUGCUAUGAGUGCGAGGGGCUGCUGUGGGGCAUCGCGCGCCAAGGCAUGCGCUGCACUGAGUGUGGCGUGAAGUGCCACGAGAAGUGCCAGGACCUUCUCAACGCCGACUGCCUGCAGCGGGCGGCGGAGAAGAGCUCCAAGCAUGGCGCCGAGGACCGCACGCAGAACAUCAUCAUGGUGCUCAAGGACCGCAUGAAGAUCCGGGAGCGCAACAAACCCGAGAUCUUCGAGCUCAUCCAGGAGAUCUUUGCCGUGACCAAGUCAGCGCACACACAGCAGAUGAAGGCUGUCAAGCAGAGUGUGCUGGACGGCACGUCCAAGUGGUCAGCCAAGAUCAGCAUCACAGUGGUCUGCGCCCAGGGCUUGCAGGCAAAGGACAAGACGGGAUCCAGUGACCCAUAUGUCACCGUCCAGGUCGGGAAGACCAAGAAGCGGACGAAGACCAUCUAUGGGAACCUGAACCCCGUGUGGGAAGAGAACUUCCACUUCGAGUGCCACAACUCCUCCGACCGCAUCAAGGUGCGUGUCUGGGACGAGGACGACGACAUCAAAUCCCGGGUGAAGCAGCGCUUCAAGAGGGAGUCUGAUGACUUCCUGGGGCAGACCAUCAUCGAGGUGCGGACGCUGAGCGGCGAGAUGGACGUGUGGUACAACCUGGACAAGCGCACAGACAAGUCAGCCGUGUCAGGCGCCAUCCGGCUGCACAUCAGUGUGGAGAUCAAAGGCGAGGAGAAGGUGGCACCCUACCAUGUGCAGUACACCUGCCUGCACGAGAACCUGUUCCACUUCGUGACGGACGUGCAGAACAAUGGGGUGGUGAAGAUUCCAGACGCCAAGGGGGAUGACGCGUGGAAGGUUUAUUACGAUGAGACGGCGCAAGAGGUGGUGGACGAGUUCGCCAUGCGCUACGGUGUUGAGUCCAUCUACCAAGCGAUGACGCACUUCGCCUGCCUGUCCUCCAAGUACAUGUGCCCCGGGGUGCCGGCCGUCAUGAGCACACUGCUGGCCAACAUUAAUGCCUACUACGCACACACGGCUGCCUCCACCAACGUGUCCGCCUCCGACCGCUUCGCUGCCUCCAACUUUGGGAAAGAGCGCUUCGUGAAGCUCCUGGACCAGCUCCACAACUCCCUGCGCAUCGACCUGUCCAUGUACCGGAACAACUUCCCAGCCAGCAGCCCGGAGCGGCUGCAGGACCUGAAGUCCACAGUGGACCUGCUCACCAGCAUCACCUUCUUCCGCAUGAAGGUUCAGGAGCUACAGAGCCCACCUCGAGCCAGCCAGGUGGUGAAGGACUGCGUGAAGGCCUGCCUGAACUCCACCUACGAGUACAUCUUCAACAACUGCCAUGAGCUCUAUAGCCGCGAGUAUCAGACCGACCCGGCGAAGAAGGGGGAGGUGCCCCCAGAGGAGCAGGGCCCCAGCAUCAAGAACCUCGACUUCUGGUCCAAGCUCAUCACCCUUAUCGUGUCCAUCAUUGAGGAGGACAAGAACUCUUACACACCAUGCCUCAACCAGUUUCCGCAGGAGCUGAACGUGGGCAAGAUCAGUGCCGAGGUUAUGUGGAGCCUGUUUGCCCAGGACAUGAAGUACGCCAUGGAGGAGCACGACAAGCACCGACUGUGCAAGAGCGCCGAUUACAUGAACCUGCACUUCAAGGUCAAGUGGCUGUACAACGAGUAUGUGGCCGAGCUGCCCACCUUCAAGGACCGUGUGCCCGAGUACCCCGCGUGGUUCGAGCCCUUCGUCAUCCAGUGGCUGGAUGAGAACGAGGAGGUGUCUCGCGACUUCCUGCACGGGGCACUGGAGCGGGACAAGAAGGACGGGUUCCAGCAGACCUCGGAGCACGCGCUAUUCUCCUGCUCCGUGGUGGACGUCUUCUCCCAGCUCAACCAGAGCUUUGAGAUCAUCAAGAAGCUUGAGUGUCCAGACCCGCAGAUCGUGGGCCACUACAUGAGGCGCUUCGCCAAGACCAUCAGCAACGUCCUCCUGCAGUAUGCGAGCAUCGUGUCCAAGGACUACGCUUCCUACUGCUCCAAGGAUAAGGAGAAAGUGCCCUGCAUCCUCAUGAACAACACGCAGCAGCUCCGGGUGCAGCUGGAGAAGAUGUUUGAAGCCAUGGGCGGGAAGGAGCUGGACGCGGAGGCCAGCGACACCCUGAAGGGGCUGCAGGUGAAGCUGAACAAUGUCCUGGACGAGCUUAGCCGCGUGUUUGCUACCAGCUUCCAGCCGCACAUAGAGGAGUGUGUGAAGCAGAUGGGCGACAUCCUGAGCCAGGUGAAGGGCACCGGGAACGUGCCUGCCAGCGCCUGCAGCAGCGUGGCCCAGGACGCCGACAACGUGCUCCAGCCCAUCAUGGACCUGCUGGACAGCAACCUGACUCUCUUUGCCAAAAUCUGCGAGAAGACAGUGCUGAAGCGGGUGCUGAAGGAGCUCUGGAAGCUGGUGAUGAACACCAUGGAGAAGACGGUGGUGCUGCCGCCGCUCAGCGACCAGACGAUGAUCGGCACCCUCUUGAGAAAACAUGGCAAGGGAUUAGAAAAGGGCCGGGGGAGACCGCAGACCCACUCGGAUGGAACCCAGAUGAUCUUCAAUGCAGCCAAGGAACUGGGGCAGCUGUCGAAGCUCAAGGACCACAUGGUGCGAGAAGAGGCCAAGAGCUUGACCCCGAAGCAGUGUGCCGUGGUGGAGCUGGCCCUGGAUACCAUCAAGCAAUACUUCCACGCGGGCGGCGUAGGCCUCAAGAAGACCUUCCUGGAGAAGAGCCCGGACCUGCAGUCUCUGCGCUAUGCCCUGUCGCUCUACACCCAGGCCACCGACCUGCUCAUCAAGACUUUCGUGCAGACGCAGUCGGCCCAGGUCCACGGUGGCCAGGGGACUAGGUUCACUCUUAGUGAAGACAUUUAUCCUGAGAAGGGCUCGGGUGUGGAAGACACCGUGGGGGAGGUCUCCGUCCACGUGGAGCUCUUUACGCACCCAGGAACCGGGGAGCACAAGGUCACGGUGAAAGUGGUGGCUGCCAAUGACCUCAAGUGGCAGACUUCUGGCAUUUUCCGGCCUUUCAUCGAGGUCAAUAUCAUUGGGCCCCAGCUCAGUGACAAGAAACGCAAGUUUGCAACAAAAUCCAAGAACAACAGCUGGGCUCCCAAGUACAACGAGAGCUUCCAGUUCACGCUGAGCACGGACGUGGGUCCCGAGUGCUACGAGCUGCAGGUGUGCGUCAAGGACUACUGCUUCGCACGUGAGGACCGCACGGUGGGGCUGGCAGUGCUGCAGCUGCGCGAGCUGGUCCAGCGUGGCAGUGCUGCCUGUUGGCUGCCCCUCGGCCGCCGCAUCCACAUGGACGACACGGGCCUCACGGUGUUGCGCAUCCUGUCUCAGCGCAGUAACGACGAAGUGGCCAAGGAGUUCGUCAAGCUCAAGUCGGACACGCGCUCGGCCGAGGAGGGCGGUGCCGCGCCUGCACAGUAGCGCGGCCGAGCGGGCGGGCAGCACUGCGCCUGCGCUCUGGGAGCACCUCCGAACUGCUCAGGGCGCCUGCGCGAGGCCUCCCGCUCCGGGAGUUAGGCAUGGACGAGGCCCCGCCCCCUCGGGAGGCCGCCCCGCCCCGGCGGAGGAGAGCGGGCGGCGCCUUCCCAGCCCGAGGCCGAGCCCCAGAGUCUGAGGGCUGGGAGAGGGGGGUGCUGGUGUCGGGCAGGGCCGCCCCCAGUGCCCUGGAAAAGCCAUAAGACAGGUCCCCAACCGGGAGGCCCUGGACCGAUUGCCAAGUAAGGAGCUGUUAGCCUCCUCGGGAAUGGGGGCUCCCUUGGGAGCCCGCUUAGGGUUGGGUGGGGCAGGAAGGCCCCCCGGGGAACCUGAGUCUUAGAUGUUUGUUCAAAAAAUCAACAGGGAGAGGAGGGAAUAUGGUAUUUCAAAAGCACAUGCGCCCUCGGGUGCCUGGACCCUGGGGGCUGAGGGGCUGUUUCUGGGGGUUCCGUGCAGUCCCUCAACUUCCCUAAAGGGUUGCCCCCCGCCCUCCCGUACUCAGUCCUCACCUCGGAGUCCCCCCUCCGUUUCGUCUCGGAGGGUCCCUGGGCCGGGAGCUGCCCCUCCUCUGCCGGGCAGGGGGCUGAGAUAGUGACUCUGCACAGCUCCCACUGCUGCUAACCCUCCCCUUCCGGGGACCCCCCCAGUCCAGACCAGGGAUGCGGCGUCUGGCCCGAGACCCCUCCCUGGCUCCUCCCACCUCUGGUUGCCAAGCAAAGACCACCGCCCACUCCCUCUUUCCCCGUGGACCCCAGAGGGUGUGCCCCUGAGAAAUCUUGAACUCCCACCAAAAGAGAGUGAAGUUUUGGGAUCCACAGGCCCCAGGCCCCAUGUCUUAACCCUCUCCCAGAACUCUCCAGGCAGGAAAGAAAUGAAAGACCAGAAACUCGAGUGUGUGUGUAUGUUUGUGUGAUUCUCCAGCUCAGAACAUGUGGAAAGAUCCUCAGGAAGUAUUUGUGGAAUCACUUUCUGACUUCCAGAUAAGAAUUGUUUCAGAAAUAUUCCACUUCAUCUUUGCCCUCCCCUGCCCCCUGGAACUCCUACUCAUGCCUCAAAACCCGGUCCCAAAUACCCCUUCUGCUCUCCCUCAGGAUUUUCCUGACUUCUGUCCCUCCAGAAACCAUGGACUUGGGGGUGUCUGUGACAAGUUCUGUUGACCCCCCUAAGUUUGUCCAGCACAGGCUAGGCAUAAAGAGCCGGCAGGAACCUGCUCUUCGUCAUAUCACAUCUAGGGAUGCAUGUGUCUGUCUGUCCCGCCUUCCCCUCCCUGCAGACCUGGACACACAGGAGGUGUCCAGCCCAGACUGGGACUGAGUGAAGAGAGGACCAGAGACAGAUUCCGGGAUGGGAAGCGUUUGUGACCACAAAGUUCCUGCCUUGGCAGCAGAAACCCCAGCAAGGGGUGGCAGGCACUGAGGAGCUGGGGCCUCCCUUCGGGGUCCCCCUGGCUCUGAGUCCUGUCAGGGCACCAUGGUGCAUUGACCCAGCGUAUAUCCAAAGCUGAGCACAGCUUUGCAAGGAUCAGGGAAAGGACUGAGGAAGGGGACCUGAGGAGGUCAGGCAGUGUCCUGGCCCAGCGCCCUCCUGGAGCACAGUGGCAGGAAGGAUGCUGGGCUUCAAAGGAGGGGCCCCUCUGUGUGGGGCGCGGACACCCUCGGGAUGCAGAGACAAAGCAAUAGAGGGGGUGGGGCCUUCCUGCCCCCGCGUUCCCAAGGAGUCCCCAGUUCCGCCCCCAUCCCUGUGACUCGGGCAGAGAGCCUGAACCCUCACCGUGGCCCCCAACAGAGAUGCAAAAAAAAAGAAAAACACCCCACCUUAAUGCGCCAAUGCGGUCCUCGGGACUGGACCGUAGACCUCUGUCCCUUUCCCCACUGCCCGCGCUGCCCCUAGCGACGGGACCCUGAGGGUGGACCAGAGCAGGGACUGCCCAGAGAGGCCCCAGCUCUACACUGCAAACUACCAAAGCUGUCUGUCCGGUCACGUGCUGCUUUCUCUUCAUUCUCCAUCUUCUUAAAGGGAGACUCAAAUUGACAAUAUCAAGUCAACCCCCGUGGGGCGCAGGGGACAGAGCUGGAGGGUCCCGGUGGACCCCUCCCUAUGUCCAUAACCUUCCUCUUAGCAUGUGAUUGCACACGUGGACUCAGCACCUUCCUCUGUCCAUCAGACCCCACACCCUCGUCCAGCUGUGGAAGAGGGGGCCCCUAUUUCUCUGUAAAUAGAAGACUCAGAACAAAUGUUUAAAAGCAAUGAGAACUGCUCAUGAAUGCAUGGUGUUGAGAUGUUUUGCACUAUUCUGACUUUUUGGUCUCUGUAAAAAAUAUUUUAUUAACAACAAACAUUAAAAAAAAACAAAAAAGACAAUAUCGGA